UUGUAAAGUGAACAAGGGUGAACUUAACUUAAAUUUUGAGAAAAAUUGUCAAAAGAGAAAGCCUUAGGAUUAGGUAUUAUAAAGAAGCUGGACUAUAAAUUUGAUUCGAAACCAGAAAUGGAAAAUUUACAAGAAGCAAAUGACACUAACUGGGAGUUUCGUUAUAAAGUCGGCAGCAUUAUGUCUACGUCUGAAAACAUAGACGAGGCGUCUCAGCUUGCCCUCAUGAAUGGAAAGCGUAUUAUCGUGGUCGGGGGUGGAAGUUAUAGACUGAGAAACAUAUGGCAGGAUGCAGCAAAAUAUGGAAUAGAGGUAAUUGUUGUGGAAACAGAUAGUCAGCACAUUGCCAAAGAUCAUGUACCUCAUUUUAUCCAAUACGAUUUCUCUGAUCAUAAAAUCGACGACGUGCAUGCGGCCGAAAUCCUCAAUUUAAUACAUGGCCACGGAAUCAAGGCGGAUGGAUGUCUUUCUUUCUGGGACGAAUGUGUACCUUUGGCAGCUCUGAUUAAUGAAAAGUUGGGAAUUAAAGGUCCAAGCUUCGAGGCAAUGAUGACAGCUAAUUCGAAAACUGAAACUCUAAAUGUUUUGAGCAUGCGCGGAACAGAUACAUCUCAUAGGCCUCGGACUCACAUGUAUUCAACAAAGGUCGUACAUUUGACGACAGAAAUGGACUGCGAGAAAUUGCCUGAUGGCUUUAGGUUUCCUGCAAUGUUGAAACUAGAUAACGGCGCGGGUUCAAUUGGUGCUUGUGUUGUAGAAAACAGAAUUGAAUUAAAGAAGAAAUUCGGCCAGAUAACCAGCUCACUUCGGAAUGAUUCGGACUUUCCCGGAAUUGGGCUAACUUAUGGCAAUUCGAUGAUGACAAUGGAAUUUUUUGGCGGAACUGAGCAUAAUGUUGAUGUUAUCAUAUAUGAUAGCAAGCUUAUUGCUGCUUUUAUCACAGACGGUGGUAUGGCCAGACGACCCUAUUUCAUUGCAACAGCUAAGCGUAUGCCGUCAUUCCUUUCUGAGGACAAACAAGCACGACUUAUUGAAGCGGCCUACAGAUGUUGUUUACAGAUUGGAUUGUCCGAUGGUACAUUUAAUGUCGAGUUUAAAUUGAGCGAGAAUGGACUGAAGCUACUGGAAAUCAAUCCGAGGAUGGGCGGAUUUUGCUUACGGGAUUGGUUGAGGAAAUUGUACGGUAUAGAUAUCAUGCUAUGCGCUAUGAUGAUUGCAGCUGGUAUUUCUCCAUACAUACGUACACCUCCUGUAGAUGAAAUACUUAUUGGUGUAAUGGUCAUACCUUCACUGCAUGCGAAAAUAUUAAAUGAAGAACCUCUUAGAAACCUGUUGUAUGAAAUGACAGAGAAAGAGGAAAUUACCUUUCUACAGUUUCGCAAACUAGGUCGGGAAUUUGCCUUACACGAACCUUUCGGUAAUAUUGCUGUCUCGGGUUUCCCCACGUCACAAGAAGCAAAAACGAAAAUUGAUGGAAGUUUGUAG